UAUCUCUCUGUAUACAUACAAAUCCAAUAAAGCCAGCCUGAAAAGGUUCAGUGAUUCACAUCUCUCCUUCUCUUUGAAACGUAUCAAAUCUCGCACAUUUCCCCAGUACAAUAACCUGACCGGAACACAACCGUACCGGCAGCUGCUUCCUUCCUUCCGAUAAGUGGUGGCCUGAUUCUUCGGCAGCAAUGUGUAGGCCACGCGCUUUUGCUUCACUAUUAGCUGGGUUUAUACUACUUCAUUUGUUAUCUUUUGUUUCUGCUAAGGGAUCUACUAAUCGUUGGCAAACACUUAGCGGAAAUCCACCUUUAGUUGUAGCGCGGGGAGGAUUUUCAGGAAUAUUUCCAGAUUCCAGCUCAUAUGCUUAUCAAUUGGCUUUGGCCACUAGCGUACCAGAUGUAGUGCUAUGGUGUGAUGUGCAGUUAACUAAAGAUGGAGUAGGAAUUUGUGCUCCUGAUGUCAGGCUGGAAAAUUCUACUGAUAUUUCAUUAUUUUUCAAAAAUAGGGAGAGUACUUACAUAGUUAACGGUGUCUCCACCAAAGGAUGGUUUUCAGUGGAUUUCACUUUUAGUGAAUUAAUAUCAAACAUCGGCCUUACCCAGGGAGUCUAUUCUCGAUCUAAUAUGUUUGACAGCAAUCUUUUUCCAAUUCAAACCGUUGAAAAUGUGACUGCGCUAAAACCACCGGGCACGGGCACAUGGUUGAACGUUCAGCAUGAUGCUUUCUUCACACAACACAACCUUAGCAUGAGAAAUUAUGUACUUGCUAUAUCUAGAAAAGCGGUUAUCAAUUACAUCUCAUCGCCAGAGGUUGGUUUCUUGAGAAGUAUUGCUCCACGAAUCAACCCUAAUAUAACAAAAUUGGUCUUCCGAUUUCUUGGACCCAGUGAUAUUGAGCCUUCAACAAACCAGACUUACAGUGCUUUCCUCAAGAAUUUAACAUCUAUCAAGACAUUUGCCUCUGGAAUUCUUAUCCCUAAGAAUUAUAUUUGGCCUGUCGAUGCAACUCUUUAUUUACAACCUCAUACUUCUGUUGUCUCGGAUGCACACAAGGCAGGGCUAGAAGUUUUUGCAUCUGAAUUUUACAAUGAUGUUCCAUUUAGUUUCAAUUACAGUUAUGAUCCAGUGACUGAAUAUCUAUAUUUCGUUGACAAUGGUGACUUCUCCGUUGACGGUGUGCUAUCUGACUUCCCAAUAACUGCAUCGGAAGCAUUAGAUUGCUUUUCUCAUUUAGGCAAAAAUGCUUCAACACAAGUGGAUGUUUUGGUCAUCUCAAAAAAUGGUGCAAGUGGAGAUUACCCUGGCUGUACUGACAAGGCUUACCAGGCAGCAAUUUCGGAUGGAACAGAUGUUAUUGAUUGUCCUGUUCAAAUGUCAAAGGAUGGAAUACCAUUUUGCUUAGGUUCCAUAAAUCUUAUUGAUAGUACAACAGUUGCUCAGUCCAACUAUAGCAACCUUGCACAAAUAAUUCCAGAGAUUAAAAAAGGCAGUGGAAUAUAUACCUUUAGCUUGACAUGGAAUCAGAUUCAGAAAUUGACACCGAUAAUAUCAAACCCGUAUGCAAAAUACGAAUUGCUCCGGAAUCCAAAGUUCAAAAAUGUUGGGAAUUUUUUAACUUUGUCUGAUUUCUUGGACAUGGCGAAGAAUGCAAGCUCUCUCUCUGGUGUCUUAAUCAGCAUUGAGAAUGCACCCUAUCUUAUAGAGAAGCAGCAAUUACCCGUAACUGAUGCAGUACUUGAUGCCUUGAGCAAAGCUGGUUAUGAUAAACAGGUUGCACUCGAAGUUAUGGUUCAGUCAACUAACAGUUCUGUUCUAAUGAAGUUUAAGGGAAAAAGUCGCUACAAUCUUGUUUACAAGGUUGAUGAGGAUAUUCGAGAUGCUCUUGAUUCUGCCAUUACAGACAUUAAGACGGUUGCUGAUUCUGUAGUGGUCAGCAAGAGUUCCGUCUUCCCUGACAAUGCACUUUUCCUCACUGGUAUUACAGAUGUUGUACCAAGGCUAACUAAAUCUGGGCUUCCCGUUUAUGUGGAGACCUUCAGCAAUGAGUUUGUGUCUCAAGCAUGGGACUUCUUCUCGGAUGCAACUGUGGAGAUCAACACCUUCGUUGUAGAAGCCAAUGUUAGUGGUAUUAUCACAGACUUCCCUAAAACAGCAGCUAGAUACAAGAGGAACAGAUGUUUAAAUUUGGGUAAGAACAUGCCUUCUUACAUGAGGCCAGUUGAGGCCGGUGGUCUUAUGCAACUAAUUGCCAACUUGCCACCGGCCGAGGCUCCUAACCCAGUGCUAACAGAGUCUGAUGUCAUGGAACCACCUUUGCCCUCUGUUACAGCGAGAGGUCCAUCUUCUAGCCCAGGUAGUGGAACUUCAGGUAGUGGAACUUCAGGUAGUGGAACUGCAGCAGCUCCAGCAUCACCAAAUGCACAACCUAAAAUUGCUGUAUGCUUGUUCCUGUCAAAUCUGGCUAUUCUCUUCACCAUUCUUUUGCUGCUCUGAAAUUGGAAAACAGACCAUGAUCACUCUGCUCAAGAAGAUCAUACUACAUAUUUCUGGUCUCUUUGUUUUAGGAUCAAGUAGCAUGGAGCUUUUUGCUGCAUAAUUGCUCACUGCAAAUCUUUUUCUUCCUCACCUUUUGGUUAUUUAUUGAACAGCGAUGCAUUCUUUUUGUUUUGUCGAUGUAGUAAUUAAUGUUCAUUCUUCUUCUUCCCCUUGUAUUUUGAGAGACACAGAUUCUUGAGAGGGACAUCAUGUCAAGACGGAUUCGUUACCCAUUUCAUCUUUGUAAGAUAAUUAAUAUUCUUUGGUGUGUAUCAUUCAUGUGAAGUUUAGAGAUGAA